CAAAGUCAAAGACCACAAAAAACAACUGAAAGUUCUGAAGGGCAGGUCAACACACCUGAGCAUACUGAGCUGUUAGACAGUAAGGAUAGUCUGGCAGAACUUCUAAGCAGUACAUGGAAAGAUCACACCAGUCCAUGGAACCCAGUGAAAAACCUGAUGAUAAACAGUCAAAGUCUGCACAGGUCAGUGGGAAAGCAGACCCCACAAACAGGACUGAGGGCACAUCUGAAACUCCACUCAAUACUUCUAGUGAAGAGGGUGACAGCAUUGAGGUUUUGGAAAAGAGGCAUCACAAUGAGGGUGAGAUACCCGGAGAAGACGACAGUCCUAAACAAAAAGGGCAGAAGAAGAAACCCAGAAAUCCAUUUAUGCCUCAAGUUGCAGCAAAGAGCAAAACGAUGCAGAAGAAAAAUGGAAACCUAACUGAAGGCAGUGACAAAGACCUUCCAGAGACUAAAGGCCACAAGAAAACCCUCAUGGAAUGGCUGGAUGAGUUCCGUAUAAGUGAAAGUCAGCGGGAGUUUGAUGAGGAUCUUGACGGCCUUAUGGAUUGGUGGAGCACUGUGGAAAAAUGGGAGGACAUUACCAAAGGUGACAACAUGACAGAGAAAGAGGAAGCCAAGGCUUUUGCAGUAACAGCUGAGAAGGUGAAGGGCAUACGUGUGUUUAACAAACUCUUCUCAGAGCGAGCAGAGGGACUGUGGCAACACGUGAUUGACCUGCACGCCAUUGCUGAUGGUCUGGACCGCUUCAACAAGAAGACCAAGAUCGCCCAGAUCACCGGUGGCUCCACCAGUGCUUUGGGAGGUGUUGCCACCAUUACAGGCCUUGCCCUGGCACCUUUCACCAUGGGAACCUCUCUGAUCAUAACUGCAGUUGGCCUGGGUGUUGCCAUGGCAGGUGGGCUAACCUCUGCCUCUGCUGGCAUAUCUAGUACCGUCAACAACUCUUUGGAUCGCAAGAAAGUGGAGCGCAUUGUGGAAGACUACCAGGAGAAGAUGGCUGACCUAAACAAAUGCAUGAAGUUCAUCAAGCAAGGGAUCACAAACCUACACAAGUUCAACCUGAAUAAGAUGAAAAAACAUGCUUACAAUCGAGACUUCCCUUGUUUUGACAAUGUCUAUGAGGACGGUGCCAUGGCAGGCAAAGCUAUUCUAAUCAAUGCCAAUGAGAUAAUGCGUGUGGUGCAGGUAGCCAAUGUUGCUGGAACCACAGCAGCACGAGCUGUGCAGAUCGCUAGUGUAUCCACCGGUGUUCUGACUGGACUCUUUGUUGGUAUGGAUAUCUACUUUGUGGCAAAGGACUCCCAUGAGCUGAAAAAAGGAGCAAAGUCAGAAUUUGCUGCAAAGAUUAGAGAGGUGGCAGACCAACUACAUGAGGGUUUGGUGGAACUUAACAGUAUCCGAGAGGAGCUGCAGUUUUAAGCCCUUUUACAUUUUACUGUAAAUCUACACUUUCACUUCCAUAUUCUGGUGUGGAAAUUACUUUCACAUUCAGCCACACAUACUGUAGAUGUAUUAUUUGAGGUGUAACAUUGAAUUGUUGUUAUUGUGGUUGAUUUAGCGUUUGCAGUGUUACGUCAUCAUGGCAAAAUUGGAUAUAGGCCUAACUUUACACAGAAAAGUUUAGUAAGUGAUUUUAUCACACUAAAAUCAUGUUAACACGCAUAUUGUCUUUUGGCCAUACUUUUGAAACAGUGAGUAUUUUAAUGUUUACGGAUUGGCCCCAUUCCAUGCCUCACUAAACCUCAUUGUUUUUUUUGUUUGGUUUUUUUUUUAAAGAAAAAGGAGGGACAAGUAGAAACUAUUAUUAUUUUUUUGUAAUGUUUUUUGGUAAUCAACAUUUUGCCACAAAUGCUGUCGAUUGCGCCUAACUUGUAUUGAACACGGAAUAUUCCUUUAAAAAGAA